CCUCCAUGUGUAGAUUUUGUGGCUCAAAAAUAAAUAAAAAUUUGCUACAAAGUCUUCAUCAGCAAACAAAAUAUCACUUUCUAUCAGUCAGAAAUAAAAAUAUAUGGGCUGGAGAUAAUGUAGGCAGUGUUGACAUCGAUAUUGGUGGGACGCCACUCAGGAUAAGCACUGGCAAGCUUGCUAGAUUUGCAGAUGGAACGUCAGUAGCACAGCUUGGAGAGACAUCCGUCAUGGUGACUGCAGUGAGCAAAACAAAGCCUAGCUCGGCAUCAUUUUUACCUCUAACAGUUGACUUCCGACAAAAAGCUGCCGCAGCUGGGCGUAUUCCUACAAACUAUUUACGAAGAGAACUUGGUGCUUCUGAGAGGGAGAUAUUAUCUGGUCGUAUGAUUGAUCGAUCUCUCCGGCCGCUCUUUCCUGCUGGAUAUUUCUACGAGACGCAGCUUGUUUGUAACCAGUUAGCCAUAGAUGGUCAUCAUGAUCCUGAUGUUGUCUCCAUCAACGCUGCCUCCGCGGCACUGUGUCUUUCUGAUAUACCAUGGAAUGGUCCCGUAGGUGCUGUGAGAGUAGGCUUCAUAGACAAUGAAGUCGUUAUCAAUCCAACGAGACGAGAAUUGGCAGCGAGUCAGUUAAACCUAGUUCUCACUGGUACUAGCAAGGACAAAGUGGUUAUGUUAGAUGCCUCGGCUGAUAAUCUGUUACCAGAAGACUUCAAGAAGGCCAUAUCCAUAGGAUUACAUCACACACAAAGUAUCGUGAAGAAGCUGGAACAAUUACAACAAGAGUAUGGUCGGGAUAAACGAACAUUUGAGCCGGUGGUGAUGACAGUCGCAGAAGAGGUGAUGCAAGCAACUGAAAGCUUGGCAUCUGCAAGAAUAAAAGACACUUUCACUGACUUCAAACAUGACAAAUUUUCAAGAGAUAAUGCAAUAUCAAAAAUCAAGACGGAUGUGAUGGACAAGUUAAAAGAAAAUUUCCCUGAUGUAGAUCCUAAUUUGUUGUCAGAAUCUUGUAAUACCUUGACAAAGAAUAUAUUCAGGAAUCUCAUACUAAAUGAUAGUGUUCGGUGUGAUGGUAGAAAAUUAACAGAUCUGCGAAAUAUUUCAUGUGAGAAAGAUCUUUACAAACCACUUCAUGGAUCAGCGUUAUUUCAAAGAGGUCAAACUCAGGUUUUAUGUACAGUAACCUUUGACUCAAUUGACUCGGCAUUUAAGAAUGAUCCAAUAUCUGUGUUAACAGGAGGUAUGAAAGAAAAGAACUUCAUGCUCCAUUAUGAAUUUCCACCAUAUGCAACAAAUGAGACUGGUCGACCAGGUGGCUUGGGUAGGCGGGAACUCGGUCAUGGUGCUCUAGCCGAGAAAGCAAUCCGACCAGUGGUGCCAGGUGACUUCCCUUUCACAAUACGUCUUACUUCAGAGGUGCUAGAAUCAAAUGGUUCCUCAUCAAUGGCAUCUGUGUGUGGUGGUAGCCUUGCCCUGAUGGAUGCGGGUGUCCUACUCUCCGAGGCUGUAGCAGGUGUUGCCAUCGGUCUUGUCAGUAGAUCACAGGAAAAUUCAACUGAACUCGCUGAAUAUAAAAUUCUUACUGAUCUGUUGGGUAUUGAGGAUUACAUGGGCGAUAUGGACUUCAAAGUCGCCGGUACGAGGGCGGGGAUCACAGCUCUGCAGGCAGACAUCAAGCUCCCUGGAGUCCCCCUUGAAGUUAUCAUGGAAGCUGUGGAUAGUGGAACAGUUGGUAAAGCAAAGAUACUGGACAUCAUGGAUGGGUGUAUCAGCAAGCCACGCGAGUCUAGAAAACCCAACGGACCGGUCUCGGAAAAAUUGGAAAUUCCAUCUUCAAAGAGGUCAAAGUUUGUCGGCAUUGGAGGUUACAACUUGAGGAGAAUUGCAGCCGAGACAGGAGUCACGGCGACAACAAUCGAUGAAUGCUCAUUUCAUUUGUUUGCCCCCAAUCAAAAUGCUCUCGACGAGGCCAAGGAGAUUAUUGAGGAGUUAUUAACAGAGGAGCGAGAACCUGAACUAGAAUUUGGUGCUAUAUAUACGGCGAAAGUGGUUGAAUUAAGGGACUUUGGUGUGAUGGUACAGCUUCAUCCUAAACUCCAGCCAGCCCUAGUACACAACUCGCAGCUCGAUCAGAGAAAGGUUGAUCAUCCUAGUUCCCUGGGUAUAAAAGUCGGUGAUGAAAUGUCCUUGAAGUACUUUGGCCGUGAUCCCGUCAGUGGGAAGGUGCGGUUGUCAAGGAAGGUGCUGUAUUCUCCCGCUUCAUCUGCCAUUAGAACUCUGGGGAAAAAGCCGUCUUAAAGGGAAUCUACUCAUCUUUUGAGAAUGUGUUGAAUCAAAGAAAGCCAAAUUGAAGGAGACCUGUGAAAAAACAAUAUCGAAGUAGAUCACUCAUAAAUGGCAUUAGUACGGUGUCAUUGAAUAGACGGCUGUGACAUUUGCAAAGGUGGACUGUCAUUGCACGAACAGAUCUAUAGCCACUCUAUCAUUUUGAAACAUUGCUGACAUACGUUUAAUCUGUACCAUUGGUCUCCAAGUACAAUUCUUGUGAUUUUGGGCCUAGUAUUGGAUGUUGACAAGGUGACUUGCUAGAUCAUGCUGGAUUGUGAUAUAUGCGCCAUGCUGCUCUGGGACCUUGCUUAGUAGACCUGUCAGCCUGGAGCAUACCUUUGCUGUGGAGCCUCACUGAGCAGACCACUCUGCCAAGAGGCCAGCCACAUCUGCCAAGAACUCCUCUCAAUUGAGAACAUCAUUUGCCUGUCCUAAGAAUGGUCUUAAAAGAAGCAUUUAGGUGUA